CAGUGGCGGAUCUUGCCAUGGUGCGGCGCCCUCCGGAAGGUGGCGCCCCGGGCAAAAGUCCUGCUUGCCCGUGGCAAGAUCCGCCACUGGCUACAUGCUCACUUCUACCUCAUCUCUCAUCCUAGUUCUCUGCCUCAUGGCGCACUUCUACCCCAUCUGUGUCACCCCUGUCUGUCUGCCCCUCCGAUUCAGAAUGUAAGCUCUCACAAGCAGGACCCUCUCCCCUCGUAUGCUUUUCCCCCUCUUAGACUAUUUUCUACUCCAUACUCCCUACAAUGGCACCUAACGCUCGGUUUCUGCCACCCUGAUGAUUAUGUCAGUGUCCUGACCCCUGAGGCAGAAAUGUUUGUAUACCAUGUAUUUGUCCUCCAUUGUACUGUACUUUUAGUCAUUAUUUUACUGUUUUGCUCAUUUGUUUAUGUAUUUUAUUAGGCGCUGCGUAACCCUUAUGGUGUAAUAUAUAUAAACGAUAAUAAUUCACCAACCUGUAUUGUACUUUAUAUCAUUUCAAAUAAAUAACAGUCUCUGAGAAUCGUUAUCUGCAGGAAUCACACAUGAGGAUGGAGAUGAGCUUUCUGGAGGGCGCUAGGCGGAAGCUUGGCUUAGAGUGCUGGGAAACCCUGCACCAGCGCUGCCUGUACUACAGUGUCAUGAUCUGAGCAAAGGACCAUGUGAAUGGCCAACAAGCUGCAGUUAUACCAAGCAAAACUGCGAGGCUGAAGAAGGUGAAAAAAGGAGUGGCAACAGACCCUGGCACAGUACAGCCCCCCAUACCCAGCGGGAAGGUGUUUGGUGUGCCACUCGCUGAGCUGGAGAAAGACGGCCUGAUGAUGGAUGGAGUGCCAGCAGUGGUGUGGAGCAUGGUGGAGUACUUGCGCAGUGAAGGGAUAAGUUAUGAAGGCAUCUUCCGAGUAAACGGAAACGUCAGACUGGUGAAUGAACUCCGUGAGAAAUAUGAUCGGAGUGAGCCAGUGACGCUACCGGAGCAAGGGAAUGUCCCUGCCGCUGCCAGUCUCCUGAAGCUCUUCCUCAGAGAGAUCCCGGACGGGCUAAUCUCCGCUGCAGCAGUUACCCAGCUGAUGCAGUGUUACCAGGAGAAUGAAGGAGACACACCACCAGAACGCAGCUGGAUGGAAGUGAUAAAUGAGUUGCCAGAAGCCCAUUACCGCCUGCUGAAUUACAUCUGCCAUUUCCUGGCACAGGUGGCUGCACAUAGCGCAGACAACAAAAUGGAUGCCAACAAUCUGGCCAUAGUGUUUGGACCAAACUGCUUCCGUGUGGCUCCUGACAUUGAUGGAGUGAAGCAGCAAGCGAUCUGCAAUAAGAUCAUGGCAGAGCUGCUUAAUGAAUAUACCAAGACAUCGAACGCAUGUGAACACACCAGUAUGGACAAGGUGUGUGAGACCAAGCCUGAAGAACUGCUUGAGGAAGCUGAGGUGCAGGAGCCACCACAUGAGAUCCCCCAGGCUAGCCUGAUGGUGGCAGAGAGCCUGCCCUCCCCUGACUGCAUGGACCCGGAUGGUGACAUGCCCAUAGUAACCAGCACAGACUCCCCUCACAGGGAGAUGAAUAACGAGGAAAACGCAGCUUUUGGGUGCAGGAGAUUGGAAGAAGCUGAUGGGAUGCCCAAGGUGGACAUCUAAUGUCAUAAAUAACUACCUCAAACAAUGUAUCUACCUCAAACAUUGUAUCUACCUCAAAGUUGUAUAUUUACCUCAAACUUUGUAUCUACCUCAAACAAUGUAUCUAUCUCAAAGUUUUAUAUCUACCUCAAACAUUGUAUCUACCUCAAACAAUGUAUCCAUCUCAAAGUUUUAUAUCUACCUCAAACUUUGUAUCUACCUCAAUGUAUCUACCUCAAACAUUGCAUUUACCUCAAACAAUGUAUCUACCUCAAAGUUUUAUAUCUACUUCAAACAUUGUAUCUACCUCAAACAUUGUAUAUACCUCAAUGUAUCUACCUCAAACAUUGUAUCUACCUCAAACAAUGUAUCUACCUCAAAGUUUUUAUGUCUACCUCAAACUUUGUAUCUACCUCAAACAAUGUAUUUACCUCAAACAUUGUAUUUACAUCAAACAAUAUAUCUACAUUCAAAUUUUUAUAUAUACCUCAUUGUAUCUACUUUAUUGUAUCGACCUCAAACAAUAUAUUUACCUCAAUGUAUCUACCUAAAUGUUUGUACCUCAAAUUUUUAAAUCUACCUCAAACAAUGAACAACGUAUCUACCUCAAACAAUAUCUACCUUUAACAACGUAUCUACCUCACAAAAUAUAUCUACCUCAAACAACGUAUCUACCUCACUGUAGCUACCUCAAACAUAUCUACCUCAAACAAUGUUUCUACCUCAAAUUUUUAUAUCUACCUCAAACAAUGUAUCUACCGCAAUGUGUCUACCUCAAACAACAUAUCUACCUCAAACAAUGUAUCUACCUCAAACAAUGUAUCUACCUCAAAUUUUUAUAUCUACCUCAAGCAAUGUAUCUACCUCAAACAACAUAUCUACCUCAAACAACAUAUCUACCUCAAACAACGUAUCUACCUCAAUGAAUCUACCUCAAACAAUGUAUCUACCUCAAACAAUGUAUCUACCUCAAACAACUUAUCUACCUCAAACAAUAUAUCUACCUCAAACAAUGUAUCUACCUCAAACAACAUAUCUACCUCAAACAACAUAUCUACCUCAAACAAUGUAUCUACCUCAAUGCAUCUACCUCAAACAAUGUAUCUACCUCAAACAACUUAUCUACCUCAAACAAUGUAUCUACCUCAAACAACGUAUCUACCUCAAACAAUGUAUCUACCUCAAUUUUUUAUAUCUACCUCAAACAACAUAUCUACCUCAAACAACAUAUGUACCUCAAACAACGUAUCUACCUCAAAAAACAUAUCUAAUAAUAAAAUAAUAAUAAUAAAAAAUAUAUAUAUAUAUAUAUAUAUAAUCUCAUAAUCUAUCUAUCUAUCUAUCUAUCUAUCUAUCUA